CGAAUUCAGGUUUGAACAAGAUGCCGAUGAGCAAUUUCCAUGUUCGUUUGCCGCUCGCAAGAACGGUUGUCGAUCAGUUCAUGGGCCUCAAACCCCAUCCAACCAAAUGCUUGGCGACAUACAUUUGGAUCGAUGGAACUGGUGAAUAUUUGCGAUCGAAGACACGUACUCUUAAUGAGGCACCGAAGGAUAUUUCACAAUACCCGAUAUGGAACUACGAUGGUUCAUCAACUGGACAGGCUGAAGGCCGUGACUCUGACACUCAUCUGAAGCCGGUGGCGCAAUACCCGGAUCCAUUCCUCGGAGGACAGAGUCGAUUGGUUUUGUGCGAGACGUACAAUCAUAAAAUGGAGCCGACCAAGACGAACCACCGAUUCAAGUGUAAUCAAAUAAUGAGCAAACAUCUAAAGGAGAAGAUUUGGCUUGGAAUGGAACAGGAGUACUUGCUGCUUGAUCGUGACCAGUACCCACUCGGAUGGCCAAAACAUGGUUUCCCUGAGCCACAAGGAAAGUACUACUGUAGUGUUGGUGCCGAUCGGGUGUUUGGUCGUGAAAUCAUCGACGUGCACUAUCUGGCUUGCUUACAUGCUGGCCUUCAAUUGUUUGGCACUAAUGCUGAAGUGACCCCCGGUCAGUGGGAGUUCCAAUUGGGUACGUGUGAGGGCAUUUCGAUGGGUGAUCAGCUUUGGAUGGCUCGAUAUCUGCUGUACAGAAUCGCUGAACAAUACGGUGUUUGUGUGACACUCGACCCCAAGCCACAAAUCACAAGUGCGUACAAUUGUUUUUCUCGCUCACUUCAUUUCCACUCUUUCUACCUCAUAAAUCUAUAG